CCUCCUUCUUCAAUACUGUCAUUCUCCAACAACCUUUUCAUGACCACAGGAAAAAAGGCGAACAAGAUCGCAAAGUCUAAAUCAAAUACAUAUGCGAAAGGAAAAGCACGCAGAAUACACAGCACUACCACCGAACCUGCAAGGAAAAUCAAUGCUGUCCCUACCAAGCAUCCACCAUUAUACUCAUCUUUGGAGGCUUUGUACCAUAAUCUGUCACCUCUGAACACAACUUUUGGCAUGCCAUACGCACGAGGACUUCCUGUUCGUAAAAGCAUCGAUCGUUUCGAGAACGCUAGACUAUUAGCAGAGGUUAGUCGGAAAAAAAAGACGCGUCCGUCACCCGCCGAUGAAUAGCUGGCGACCGUGCCAUGUCGAGAGGCUUAAUCAAGAUCGAAUGUUGUAGGCACAACGUACUGAUGUAUCUGCUGAAAAAAUGCAAACUUCCCACAAAGAUGACACGUCUGCAGCAACGAGUUCGCGGCAUGAUCAAUCCAGUUUAUCAAACUCCGCGAAAACUACUUCCUCGAAAGUUCAACGGCGGGUGCUGCGACGACGUCAUGAUACUAAGCCUAUACUUCCUAUGGAGCCACUUUCCAUCCGAUUAUCCCGCAGUUCAUCAAUCAAUCAGAUCAAAUGUCAAAAAGAGCCGGGGCAGAUUCGUAAAGUGAAGAUUGGUCCGUAUUUGAUUGAUGUAUGGUACCUUGCGCCUUAUCCCGAAGAGUACAGUCAGCUUGAAACUUUGUAUAUAUGCGAGUUCUGUCUCAAAUACAUGAAGAGCGCCUUUGUUGCUAAACGACACAAAAUCAAAUGUACCAUGAAACACCCUCCAGGCGAUGAGAUAUAUCGCGAUGGUCACUUAUCAAUAUUCGAAGUGGACGGCCGCAAAAAUAAGAUCUAUUGUCAAAAUCUUUGUUUACUGGCGAAAAUGUUCCUGGAUCAUAAAACCCUAUAUUACGAUGUGGAGCCAUUUUUAUUCUACAUUCUUACAGAAAUGGAUGAAAAUGGUUGCCAUUUUGUAGGUUAUUUUUCCAAAGAAAAGAAAUCAUUGUUAGACUAUAAUCUAUCUUGUAUCAUGACGUUACCUGCGCAUCAACGUAAAGGCUAUGGGCAGUUCCUUAUUGAUUUUAGUUAUCUGCUUUCGCGCAAAGAAGGUAAAAUCGGAUCUCCGGAGAAGCCGCUUUCUGACCUGGGACUGCUGAGCUACCGAAAGUAUUGGAAAAAUACUCUGAGACGAGAGCUACGGGAACAAAAAGAUUCGGUUACCAUUGAAGAAUUGAGUCGACGAACAUGUAUGACCGUAGAUGAUGUGAUAUCAACACUAGAACUCAACAACAUGCUUCAACGGCAGGCGAGCGGGCAAUAUGAAAUUAUAAUGGACGAUGAGACCGGUCACGGGAAUGGAGGCAACCAGCACCUAGUCGCUAAACCGGAAUUGUUGACUUGGGUACCCUAUAUGGCAGCAGUCAAAGGAGAUGCAGGCGUCUUGAACGUACCACGAGAACCGACCAUGACAGCCGCGGCAGCCGCGGCGGCGUCCGGUUCCCCAGUGGCUGCUCACCCACAUGUUCGUCAAACAUCUAUACCCAGUCGUAGAGGAAGACCGCGAAAAUAUCCCAAGACUCCAACCUAAAAAAAAAAAAAACCAAAAAAAAAA